GAUGUCCUGUGGAUGAUAGAGACAGUUGUGGUUCUUCAGAACUUCAUUUGGAUCACAGACAGUCAGAAUGAAGUGUGUUGUUCUAGUGUUUCUGCUGCCACUCCUGGGCCUGUUGCAUGCUGGGCCGCUGCCCGAUGAGCCUGUCCUCCAGCCUCAGGAGAACUUUGAUGUGAACCGGUUUAUGGGCAAAUGGUAUGAUAUUGCGAUAGCGUCCACGUGCCCAUGGCUCAAGCAGCAUAAGGGAGACGCAGCCAUUGGCUCUUUGGAGAUGCAGUUCAGUGACUCAACAAAGACCAUCAGCAUGACCCGGAUCAGCAACAGACAUGGCACCUGCAAAUCCAUCAGUGGAGAAUAUCAGCUGACAAAAACACCUGGAAGAUUCCAGUACCACAAUGCCAGGUGGAAUGCUGAUGUGGACUCCUAUGUGGUUCACACAAACUACGAUGAGUACGCUCUCAUGGUGAUGCAUAAACAAAAGCCAGGCGGUGAAAAAACCACAUCUGUCAAACUCUACGGACGUGCUAUGCAGCUGCGGCCCACUCUCAUCGAGGACUUCAAGACUCUGGUGACUGAGCAGGGAAUGAGUGAAGACACCAUCAUUAUCAAAAAGAACAAAGGUGAGUGUGUUCCAGGUGAGCAGGUCACACCAGAGCCACAGAUCCAGAGGGCGAGGAGGAAUGUGGUCCCGCCGGCUCCUGAGGAGGAGGGAUCGGGGGACGAUAUGCGCAUAUUUAAAGGACCUGAAGCGUGUAAGUCCCAGCCAGACUCGGGUCCAUGUUUCGGGAUGCUGCAGCGCUAUCAUUACAACUCGUCCAUCAUGGCCUGUCAGAUGUUCACCUAUGGAGGCUGCAUGGGGAACCAGAAUAACUUUGUGACUGAAAAGGAGUGUCUGCAGAGCUGCCGCACUGAGGCCGCCUGCAGGCUGCCCAUGGAUGCUGGUCCCUGUAAAGUGUUCACAGACCUGUGGGCCUUCGACUCAGCCGCUGGAAAGUGUGUGUCUUUCAAAUAUGGAGGCUGCAAGGGCAAUGGCAAUCAAUUCUACAGCCAGAAGGAGUGUGAGGAGUACUGCGGCGUUAUGAUGAGAAAUGGAGAUGACGAGUUUCUCGCAGUGAACUGAGUUUGGUGGGAAUGGAGUAUUACUGAAAAGUGCAACAUGGAUCAGUUUCCCACAGGCACUAACUUCAACAUUAACACAAAAAAUAAAGACCUGUCCAAUGUU